GUAUCGGCUUAUUGUAUUGUGCCAUGAGUAGCGACGAACAGACUCUUGUUUUUAGUUUUGUUUUAUAACUAAUUUUUUUUUGCUUUCCUGACAGAGGUUAGUGAAAUAUUGAUAAGAAUCAAAUCUAUUAUCAAAUCACUUAUUAUCAAAUACAUUGCGCUGUGGAAAGGUAUUCGAGUGUCUGCAAGAAAGUGGUGCUACACAGUUAAAGUGUCUGAUUGUGAUUCGAUUGCUUUAGGGGAUUCAUUAUGUAAAGUGGAAUUGUGAUAAAUUAAAUCGAGACUAAAAGAGUAAUAGCAAAAGCCUUAUAAUGCAAAGUCAAACACAAAGCAAUCCGGCAGGCGAACCACCGUCGCCUCCACCGGCGCCUCCAGCAGGACCUGCAACAAGGAAUCAGUUACGUCCCGUCAAGUAUGAUUAUGCAGAUUCAUUUGCUUGUACUUAUGUAGUAUCCGUUGUUGCUGCUUCCGUAGCAGAACUAACUACGUAUCCACUGGAUCUCACCAAAACUCGUUUACAAAUACAAGGCGAAGCAGCUGCUAACAGCUUAAAAACCGACCUAGGCGUUAAACCAAAGUAUCGUGGCAUGUUGGCGACAGCGUUCGGCAUUGUCAGGGAAGAGGGCACAAUGAAGUUGUGGCAAGGUGUCACGCCAGCGCUUUAUCGCCACGUCGUUUACAGUGGUGUGCGUAUAUGCAGCUAUGACUUUCUGCGCCGUAAAUUGGGUAACGAUGAAAACGGCAUAAUUACGUUGCCGCUGUGGAAGUCGGCGCUUUGUGGUGUAUCGGCAGGUGCAGUUGCACAAUGGUUGGCUUCACCAGCCGACUUAGUUAAGGUACAAAUUCAAAUGGAGGGCAAACGUCGUUUAAUGGGGGAACCGGCACGUGUCCAUGGCGCAGCACAUGCUUUCAAAGAAAUUGUUCGCCGCGGUGGUGUAGCGGGUCUCUGGAAAGGCAGCGUUCCAAAUGUACAGCGUGCGGCACUUGUCAAUCUCGGAGAUCUUACAACAUACGACACUAUCAAGCAUAUGAUUAUGAUCAAAUUGAAUAUGCCCGAUUGUCAUACUGUGCAUGUACUAUCCUCCAUAUGUGCUGGGUUUGUAGCUGCCAUUAUGGGCACGCCGGCAGAUGUGGUGAAGACACGUAUAAUGAAUCAGCCGACAGAUGAUAAGGGCAGGGGUCUACUCUAUAAAGGCUCCAUCGAUUGUCUGCGACAGACAGUGAAUAAGGAAGGUUUCGCUGCUCUUUAUAAAGGCUUCUUACCUUGCUGGAUACGUAUGGCACCAUGGUCAUUAACUUUCUGGCUGUCAUUUGAACAAAUUCGUAGCAUGAUCGGUGCUUCUGGUUAUUAGUUUCUUUUGUGGAACCUUAGUGUACUCAUAUUAAGUGUUUUAUAGGCGUCGCCGCUGUUGUUGCAAGCAUACAUGAGUUUCUCAAGUGAUCGGAAUAUUAGAACGUUCUUUCAAAGUUCAAUACGUUUUCAAAACAUACAAUACAUAA